AUGGGGUUUACCGGCUUGCCAGGGACCGCGCUCGGCCCGCUGACAACAACAUGGACGAUGCCGGACAGCUGCACCGUCCAUGUGCUCAAUUGCCCAACAUGCGAUGGCGGAUUCCGCGGCCAGCAAUGCGUCUCGACGGACGGAAGGGGGGCGCCACAGGACCACACCACCUGCUGGCCGCCCACGACAAGUCUCGCCGGGACGCCGCGCUACCCGUUCGUCGGAUGGGGCUUCUACUCCCCCGGGCUCGCUUGCCCGGCAGGCUACACGACCGCUUGCACGGCGCAGUACGGUGGGAGGUCGGGUUGGGAUAUUGAGUUUACAUUGAUACCCGGAGAGACUGCGAUCGGGUGCUGUCCUGAGGGCUUCGAAUGCGCGAACAGGAACGGCAACACCUGCAUCGCCAGCAGAACGUCGCUCACGGUGACCACCGCGCUCUGCGCUGGAACAAACCUGGUCAGCGUAUCCCCAGUCACAGUCCCGUUGCUCGUCGACGUCACAGCGACCACAACAGAUUCCAGCGACGGCGCGCUCGCCACGGGAACAACGGUGUACGUGGGGGAGGUGUCUCUCCUAGCGCCCAUGUACCAGCUCAACUUCCAAGCAUCCGACCUAGAAAGUGCGUCUUCGGCAUCAGCAGCUUCAUCGCGUUCCAGCGCGGGCUUGACGAGGGAGACGGGCGUAACAGGGGCGUCGCAGUCGUCCGAAGGGACGUCGUCUGCGGGUGGCGGUAAUAGUGGUAGUGGGCAAAGUCACUCGGGGACAGACACGGGUGUGCCGUCCACCUCUUCGGACGGGCUUUCUACAGGGGCGAUUGCCGGUAUCGCUGUUGGAGCGGCAUUGGGUGGUAUCCUCUUGGGUGUGAUGGCGCUCUUGAUGAUCCUGCGGAAAAGGAAAAAGGCUAAGGCGGCGCUGGGUCCGGCCGAGCUGGACGUGACGGGGGCCGGAGCUGGAGCUGGGGCUGGGGCUGGUAUCCCUCUGACGGGAGGGGACUACAAAUACUUGGCCACCCCGACAUCCGGCACAACGCCCUCUCCGUAUCCGCCGCCCAAUGCUCGAGAAUUAGAUUCGGCAGCUUCGGCCGUCGAGGUACCGGGAGGGUAUGCAUACCCACCGAGAUGGGCGGCGGAAAUGCCGACGGGGCAGGAAAUCCACGAGUUUCCGGGGCAGUAUGGGGGGACGGAGCUUCACGGGCAUGAAUAUCAGUCCACGCGGUACAGCUGA